CAUAGUUGAUUAGAUUGCUAUUUGUUUUUUUCUUUUGGGGGUCUCUUGAAAGUUCAGUUUAGAAAGACUUUGUUGGUUUUGCUUAGAGCUAUUGGAUUUUGAGUAGCGAUAGAAGUGUAUAGACUUGCAAUUUCUUUUUCUUUCUUUUUGACAAAGGUGGCUUCAGUUACGUAUUCGGAAUCUGAAGUUCUAUAAAUUUGUUUCUGAGUACUAGGAUUCAAGCUCGAAGGUGUGCAAUUUUCUGGUUUAUAGCAGAGAAGUGAACAAUUUGCGCAGUGAAAAUGGUAACCAGAGUAGUUGAUCUCCGUUCCGACACUGUUACUAAACCAACUGAGUUAAUGAGAUUAGCCAUGGUAAAAGCCGAAGUCGAUGAUGAUGUACUGGGUUUUGACCCAACCGCCUUCCGUUUAGAAAAUGAAAUGGCAACACUAAUGGGCAAGGAAGCAGCUCUAUUUGUUCCGUCAGGCACCAUGGGUAACCUUAUCAGCGUACUUGUUCACUGUAAUAUUAGAGGAAGUGAAGUAAUUCUCGGACACAAUUCUCAUAUCCACAUUUAUGAGAAUGGAGGAAUUGCAACACUCGGAGGCGUCCAUCCGAGGACGGUGAUGAAUAACAAGGAUGGAACUAUGGACAUAGAUUUAAUUGAAUCUGCUAUUAGAGAUCCGAGAGGGGAGCUUGUGUAUCCCACUACUAGGCUCAUUUGUCUAGAGAAUUCACAGGCCAACUGUGGAGGUAAAUGCCUAUCUGCAGAAUAUACGGAUAGAGUUGGAGAGUUAGCUAAGAAGCAUGGUUUGAAGCUUCACAUUGACGGAGCUCGCAUUUUCAAUGCAGCAGUUGCACUCGGAGUUCCUGUGGAUAGACUUGUUCAAGCUGCUGAUUCAGUGUCGGUAUGCCUAUCUAAAGGUUUGGGUGCACCGGUUGGAUCAGUUAUUGUUGGUUCAAAAAGUUUUAUCGCCCAGGCUAGAGUCCUCAGGAAAACAUUAGGUGGCGGGAUGAGACAGGUCGGUAUACUUUGUGCGGCAGCAUUUGUCGCUGUGAAAGAGAACGUUGAAAAGCUGGAGAUUGACCACAAGAAUGCCAAAACACUAGCAGAGGGACUGAAUCAGGUUAAAGGAAUGAGUGUGGAUGUUGCUUCGGUUGAAACUAAUAUCAUAUACGUGGAUAUAGUAGAAAGCUCAAAAUAUACGGCAGAGAAACUAUGCAAUUACUUGAAGAAACACGGCGUGCUUGUUAUGCAAGAGGGUCCAUUCAGAAUUAGGAUUGUUCUCCACCACCAAAUUUCAGCAAGCGACGUUCAAUAUGCUUUAUCAAUCUUCGAGCAAGUCUUUACGGGGGUGCAAGAAGAAAAUGGCAACUAAAGAAAGGAAAUCGCCUUCCAUUUUCUCUUCCGAAAAAAUUAAUUACUCAUGUUUAGAUGAAGUGUUCUUUUCGCUAUUAGAAAUGAACUGCCCGCACCAGGUUUCUGUAUGAGUUAUUAGUAACUUUCUACAAAAACAUUGUUUCAAAUUAAAGUACUUUUCCUCUUAUUCUGAUAA